AUGAAUAAAUUGUUGUUGCUUUCCUUAAUUAUUUCAAUAUCUUUGGCAUCUCUUGAUGACUAAGAUCUCAUUUAGAAAUAUUCCAUCAAAAUACAUCAAAGAGGUAGCCAUGCCAAUUAUCCAGAGAAAGGUGACCAAGUCAAGGUGCAUUAUACAGGUAAAUUGCUUGAUGGCACUAAAUUCGAUAGUAGCAAGGAUAGAAAUUAACCAUUCGAUUUCAGAGUAGGAGUAGGUUAAGUUAUUAAAUGCUGGGAUGAUGUUGUUUUAAAUUUAACACUUGGUGAUAAGGUUACAGUGAUAUGCCCAUCUGAUACAGCAUAUGGAAAUAGAGGAGCAGGAAGAGUCAUUCCACCAAACUCAGAUUUAUAAUUUGACAUUGAAAUGCUUGGAUUUAGGGAUUAAGAAUUAUGAUGAAUAAUUAUUGAUGCAAAUAAAAUAAAGAGUAUUUUUACACAAAUAUAUAAUUUAUCGAAAA